AUGGUCCCUACCCAACCAAGAGACAAGCGAUUUGUGCCAAAGAAGCGUAAGAGGUCCUCCAAGGCCCUCGUUGCCCAGCAAUCCAAGGACCUGGCCAUCAUUGAUCCAGAGAAAUUGACCAAGAAGCAAAGGACAGUAGUGCUGCGCGACAAGAAGUCCACUGGCAACCUGAUCACAUCCAAGGAAACAAGUGGACUUGUAAAUGUGCAAUACGAUGUAACAAUCAAGGCCACAGGCGCUGGUUCACAGCCGGCCAUCACAAUGAUCCAGAACAACCUCCAGGUCAACAACAAUACCAUGAAUAUCCAAAACAGCCAUGGAACCAACACAAUCACUCACACUGAGUCUACAACCCAGUCAUCAUCAAGCCAAAUGGUGACAGAUAGACCCAACAUCAUGCGCAACAUCAAGAACUUCUUUGGUUUGUAA